AUGGACCAUCACCAGUAUGGGUACUACACCAGUAUCAUCACCAUCCUCAUCAUCAUCUGCUUCAUAGCGGAUAGCAUCAGAUUCAAACGACUAGUGCCGCAGGCAGAGCAAAGCUCCGAAGUAGUCAAGGGCCAAGGCCCACCGACAAGGCCUGUUCGUUUUUCUGUCGUGAACACCCGCCGACCGCACGCGGGCCUCCAGGACGACCAACGUUCCGGUCUCUUCGGACGAUAG